AUGUCUGAAAUUCGUCCGGAGGUCGCGAGCAAGAUAUGGUCCGACUAUAUCAAUCCCAAACUCUUUGAAAUGACACAAAGUCUUAAUCCCUCUGAAAAACUAGGAGGGCUGUGUGCGAUAGACCAUAUACUCGAGAUCGAAUCUGAUGACGCUGGCGAAACCCGUGAGGCUCUGAAGCAUUUCCGUCUGUACCAAUAUGUGAAGAACGGACUUGUCACUGCCGAUUGGUCCCUCAUUUCUCGUGCCGCCCAGACCCUUGGGAAGAUUAUUAAAUAUGGCGGGAAUUUUGGCGAUAGUUUCAUGCCAGCUGAGGUCCCUCGCCUGCUUGACGAUGUCACAAGUGGGGGGGAGCUGGCGCGCUAUGCAUCGACGCUUAAUCUUCGCGUCUUAGCGCAGAACAGUGCGACUCACUUCUCUCCGUACGUUAUUCCAGUACUAGAUCGUAUAUGGACACCCUUGCGUGAUUCCAAAGUCAACACGCGCGAAGCUGCAGCGGAGCUGUUGGCGAGCUGCCUGAUUAUCGUUGGGUCAAGAAGCAUGCAAUUGCACGCCUCAGUUUAUGAGAGAAUCGUUCACGAAAUACUUCAUGGCUUCAAGCAUACCUCCGUCGACUUCAUUCAUGGAUCGCUUUUGGCAUACAGGGAGAUGUUACACCAUGCUGGAAUGUUUAUGGCGGAUUCCUUCAUAUCCAAUGCCGAAAUUGUACUGAGGUUCAAAGAUCAUAAAGAUCCCAUCAUCAAGCGAACCGUCGUUUCAUUACUUUCGGUCCUUGCCAGAUAUGACAAUCAAGCAUUUAGCGAACGGUUUUUGCACAAAGUUAUGGCGUAUCUCCUUCCAUUACUAAAAAAGCCCUCCGAGCGCACUAUAACCUUUAAAGCCAUUGGCUACAUAGCUUUGUCCGUUCGGAGCGAAAUAAAGACCUUCCUUGAACCCAUAAUGGCUAACGUGAAGGAGGUGUUGCUACUUCGCGGGAAGAAAGGGGCCGCCACUCUUCUUGAAGAGGAUGCUGUCUUUGAGUGCAUUGGGUUAUUGGCAGCCGCCGUGGGGCCAAACCUCACCAAACUUCUUCAUGAUCAACUGGAUUUAAUGCUUCGCAACGGAUUGAGCGAAGCGCUAACUAGUGCCUUAAAGAUGGUCGUAGAGUAUAUCCCGCCGCUUCUUAAAACCAUCCAAGAACGGCUACUGGAGACCGUGUCAAUAACUUUGUCAGGACAACAUUAUCGGCCGAUUGGUGCUCUCAAUCCUCCUUCAGUCGUGAGACAUGAUUAUUCGGUAGCAACCCGUGAUUUCGGGUCUCCUCAGAACACUGCUACUGCCACCUUGGCGUUGAAUGUCCUUGCCACCUUCGACUUUAACGGCCAUCUUUUGAGCGAGUUUGUUCGCUCCUGCGUACUUCCAUAUCUUGAAGAUGAUUCCCCGGAAGUACGAAAGGCCGCGGCUCAUGCCUGCUGCCACCUGUUUGUCCGCGACCCCAUUAUUUUUCAGACCAGCAAUCAUGCUCUUGAAGUGAUGGGAGAGGUACUUGACAAGCUUCUAACCGCUGGCGUCGCUGAUCCCGAUCCUUCCAUUCGUGCCACUGUCCUGAUGAAUUUGGAAGAAAGAUUCGAUAGGCAUCUUGCACAGGCAGAGAAUGUGCGGUCCUUAUUCACUGCGCUCAAUGAUGAGGAUUAUCGGAAUCGUGUCCGCGCGAUUGUGAUUAUUGGACGGUUGACGAAGCACAACCCCGCAUAUGUUAUGCCUUCGUUACGUAAAGCCCUUAUACAGCUUCUCACAGAGCUUGAGUAUUCGACGGUCCCACGAAGUCGCGAGGAGAGUGCCAAACUUUUGACUCGCAUGGUUUCUGCAGCCGAAAGUCUCAUCAAACCAUACACUAUUCCUAUGCUCAAGGUUUUGUUGCCCAAGGCAGAAGACCCGAAUCCAGCUAUUGCUACAAGUGUGUUAUCAUGCAUUGGAGAACUCGCCAGGGUUGGCGGGGAAGAUUUGGUCCCACAUCUACCUACGAUCAUGCGCAUCAUAAUGCGAACAAUGCAAGACCAGUCUUCUGUUCCAAGACGUGAUGCAGCAAUACGUACGCUAGGGCAAGUCUCCUCGAACACAAGCUACGUCAUCGAUCCAUUGAAGGAUUAUCCGCAGCUGCUGAGCAUGCUCACAAGAAUCCUACGGUCUGAGCAAAAUCAGCAGAUGCGGAGAGAUACGAUAAAAGUGAUCGGAAUACUCGGAGCAUUAGAUCCUUAUCAAUCUAAAGCCAAAAUCCCCGAUGAUAUGGUCAAUGAACCGUCGAGAGGUACUUCGGUGACAGAUGUGGCCGUGGCCUUGAGCACGUCGGGUUCCUCGUCUGAUGAAUACUAUCAGGCGGUUGUUAUCAGUUCACUUCUCAAUGUUCUUAAGGAUUCCUCACUCCACAACCAUCACAAUGCAGCCAUUGAAGCUAUCAUGAACAUUUUUAGGACACAGGGCCUGAAAUCUGUAGCAUUCUUACCGCAGAUCAUCCCGGCUUUCCUGACAGCGAUCCGCACUCCGUCUACUCGCUCCCAAGAACAGAAUAUCUCGCAGCUUGCUGUGUUGGUUUGGAUUGUGAAGCAACACAUUCGCAAUUUCCUCCCUGAGAUCUUUGCUCUCAUUUCUGAACUCUGGGCAUCUAGUCCCAACACGGAAAUACAUAUCGUGGCUUUGGUUGAGAGCAUUGCUCGAGCCCUUAAUGCUGAAUUCAAACCCUACAUCCCGAUGGUAUUACCUCCUAUGCUGAAGCUCUUCGAUGGAGAGAAUACAGACAGGACGCAGCUGACUCAGAGCAAGGUCUUUCAUGCUCUGUUUGCGUUUGGGGCCAACAUUGAAGAGUAUCUUCACUUGAUCAUUCCCGUGAUCAUGAAAGUAGUUGAAUCAGAUUCGGCCAUCAGUCUUAGGAUCACGGCUGUCCAAACCAUUGAUGGUCUCUCCAAGAAGGUCAACUUUUCUGAGCAUGCCUCCCGGAUUAUCCACCCUCUCGUGCGUAUCCUCAGUCAUCCUAACACUCCUCCGGAACUGUCAUCUGCCAUCAUGGAAACUCUGUGGGUUCUGCUUGUUCAGUUGGGGGCUGAUUUUGCAAUUUUUAUCCCUAUGAUUAACAAAUGUCUUCUCCAUAACACUCGCAUUAAUCAUUCGAAGUACGAUGCGAUGGUGACGCGACUCCUGAGUGGCGAACGACUGCACCAGGAUACUAAUUCUUCUGACCCAUGGUCUCAGAAGGUGGAACUAGUAGUUCCCGCGGAUCAAGGGAAGAUGCUGGUCAACCAGCAGCAUCUCAAGCAGGCAUGGGAUACAUCUCAGGUUAACUCGAAGGACGAUUGGUACGAUUGGGCACGCCGGUUGGCCAUCGAACUGAUGAAGGAGUCUCCUUCGCACGCCAUCCGAGCAUGUGUCUCCUUGGCGGACGCUCACAUACCUUUAGCUCGUGAGCUCUUUAAUGCGGCCUUCGUCUCAUGUUGGCCGGAGCUCUUCGAAGAGUACAAGGAUGAUUUGGUUCGAUCCAUUGAACAAGCCCUGACAUCUCAUAACACGCCCUCCGAUGUGAUUCACCUCCUUUUGAGCCUAGCAGAAUUCUUGGAGCGUGACGACAAGGCACUACUCAUUGAUAUCCGCACACUCGGUGAUUGUGCCAUGAAUUAUCACGCAUUUGCCAAGGCUCUCCAUUACAAGGAACUCGAAUUUUGGAGCGAAUCAUCGCCGUCAAUUAUUGAAUCGCUAAUAAAUAUCAAUACUAAAUUGCAGCUUCAUGACGCGGCUUUUGGCACCCUGACACUGGCACGGGACCAGCAAGAUGUUUAUCGUCACGAAGAAUGGUACGAGAAGCUGGGAAAGUGGCAGGAAGCGUUAGUUGCGUAUGAUCGGAAGCUCGACGAACAUGAAGCAACCCCUGAGGUGCUGAUCGGGCGCAUGCGCUGCCUUCAUGCUCUUGGAGAGUGGGAUCAACUUUCGGAAGCUGUUGCGGAUCGAUGGGUGAAUUCGACGAAUGAGGAGAAGCGACAAAUAGCUCCAUUGGCUGCGGCAGCCGCUUGGUCGCUAAAUCAAUGGGACCAGAUGGAUGAAUACAUAGCAGUGAUGAAGGCUGAUUCACCUGACCGGUCCUUCUAUCGUGCUAUACUGUCGGUCCACAGGAAUCAAUUUAGUAAAGCGUUGCUCCAGAUCAACAAAGCCCGCGAUCUUCUUGAUGGCGAGUUGACAGCCCUUGUUGGAGAAAGCUAUGGCCGGGCGUACAAUGUGGUUGUGCGGGUGCAAAUGUUGUCUGAGCUGGAGGAAAUUAUCAGCUAUAAAAGGAAUGCAGACCAGCCGGAUCGACAGGCCACAAUGCGAAAGACGUGGAUGAAGAGGUUGAAAGGAUGCCAACCGGAUGUGGAGGUGUGGCAACGCAUACUGCAGGUUCGCACACUGGUCUUGAGUCCUGACGAAGAUACCACGAUGUGGAUUAAAUUUGCGAACCUCUGUCGAAAAUCUGAUCGAAUGGUGUUGGCAGAAAAAACUCUCAACUCGCUUCUCGGGCCUAUUGGAGAAGAAGAAAGAAGUAUUCGUGCACCGCCUCCAGUCAUAUACGCCCAUCUGAAAUUUAUGUGGGCUCGAGGUGACCGAGAGAAGAGUUUAACCUGGUUGAGGACUUUUUCCAGUCGUCUUGCGGACGACCUUGGCCUCCAUUUGGGCGAAACUCAGAGGGCAGCCCCGCUGGGCAGCCUAGCAAAGAUGAGCGAGUACACCAAUCUCUUGGCUCGAUGUUACCUGAAGCAAGGAGAAUGGCAAUAUUCCAUGGAGGAAACUUGGAGACAUAACAAUAUUAAAGAGAUCUUGGAAGUUUACCGCAUGGCCACUCAGUUUGAUCCUAAUUGGUACAAAGCUUGGCAUGCAUGGGCUCUUGCAAACUUUGAAGUCAUUGGUUUCCUCGAAAAUGAUGCCCGCAUGGAUGAAGUCGCCCCGAAGAAUUUGAUCUUUCACGUUACAUCUGCCAUCUCCGGAUUUUUCCGUUCAAUUGCGCUGAAAGGCGACAAUUCGCUACAGGAUACGCUUCGCUUAUUGACCCUUUGGUUCAAGUUUGGAGCCCACGAUGAGGUGUAUCAUGCCCUUGCCGAGAAUUUUGGCACUGUACCUGUUGAUACGUGGUUAGAGGUUGUGCCACAGAUCAUUGCCCGCAUUCAAACGCCGAGCCAAAAUGUCCGGCGCCUUAUCAAUCAAUUGUUGAAUGAUGUCGGCAAAGCCCACCCUCAGGCUCUUAUCUACCCGCUCACUGUGGCGUCCAAGUCGUCUAGUACUGCCCGUCAGGCUGCGGCAACGGCAACCAUGGAUCGUAUGCGGGAUCAUUGUCCUGUUCUCGUCGAUCAGGCUCUCCUAGUCAGUCACGAACUCAUACGCGUCGCAAUCCUGUGGCAGGAACUCUGGCAUGAAGGGCUUGAGGAGGCAUCUCGACUGUACUUCAACGACAAGAACCCUGAGGGCAUGAUUGCUGUUUUGGAGCCACUUCAUGAGAAGCUUGAGGCAGGCCCGGAGACAACUCGUGAGACCUCCUUCGUUCAAGCCUUUGGGAAGAACCUUCAUGAAGCUCGGGAAGCAUGCCGUCGCUUCUUGAUGUUCGGCGACAUCAAUGAAAUCAACAAAGCGUGGGAAAUAUACUAUGGUGUCUUUAAAAAAGUUGAGAAGCAACUUCCAAUGCUUACAACUUUGGACCUUCAAUAUGUUUCGCCGGAACUCCUGAGGGCUCGCAAUCUUGAAUUGGCAGUGCCUGGUACAUACCACAGUGGACGUCAAACUGUCACAAUUGCCAAUUUCGCCCCAUCUCUCGCUGUGAUAACCUCCAAGCAAAGACCGAGAAGGUUGAGUAUCAAAGGAAGCGAUGGACGUGAUUAUCAAUAUGUUCUCAAAGGUCACGAAGACCUCCGACAAGAUGAGCGGGUCAUGCAGCUCUUUGGCCUUGUGAACACAUUGUUAUCCGUGGAUACGGAGAGCUUCAAACGGCAUUUGCAUAUUCAACGGUAUCCAGUCAUUCCUCUGGCACCAAAUGCUGGCUUGCUCGGCUGGGUUCAGGAUAGCGACACUCUCCAUAUCCUCGUCAAGGAGUACCGUGACAGUCGAAAAAUUCUCCUCAACAUCGAAUAUCGCCUGAUGCUUCAGAUGGCACCAGAUUAUGAAAUCCUUACUGUCAUGCAAAAAGUAGAGGUUUUUGAUUAUGCACUGGAUAACACGACUGGUCAAGAUCUUUAUCGUGUUCUAUGGCUUAAGAGCGCAAAUUCGGAUGCUUGGUUGGAUCGUCGCUCAACGUAUACUAGGUCAUUGGCUGUUACAAGUAUGGUUGGAUAUAUCCUUGGACUCGGUGACCGCCACCCCUCCAACCUUCUUCUCCAUCGAGUCACUGGAAAAGUAGUUCAUGUUGACUUCGGUGAUUGCUUUGAGGUGGCCAUGAACCGUGACAAAUUCCCCGAGAAGGUGCCGUUCAGACUCACCAGAAUGCUCACUCAUGCCAUGGAGGUAAGCGGCAUUCAAGGCAGUUACCGGAAUACGUGCGAAAUCACAAUGCGAGUCCUACGAGACAAUAAAGACUCUCUUAUGGCUGUUCUUGAAGCGUUUGUAUAUGAUCCUUUGAUCAAUUGGCGAUUAAUGCAGGCGGAGGAUGCCCGUCACGCUCCUGCUGUUGAAAGUCAGAUGCCCAAAACUUCGUACGCUCAGGGACCCAAUAGGAAAGUGAAGGCCGACGAGAAGGAAAUUUUCAAUGAAGGGACGGGCGAAGUGGGCACCAAGCUUGAAGUGCGAAACGAUCGAGCAUUGGCUGUUUAUAAUCGGGUCCAAAACAAACUCAAUGGCCGAGACUUUAACCCCGACGCCGUCCUCCCCGUCUCAAAUCAAGUUGGGAAGCUGAUCGAGCAAGCGAUGUCUUUAGAGAAUCUAUGCCAAUGUUUCCAUGGAUGGUGCGCUUUCUGGUAG